AUGCCCUCGGCGGACGCAGAUAUGGCGGACCAGACCGACGAUGGGCAGGAUCUGCUCGUCGAAAAGCGCAAGGCGCUCCAAGAACCCGAUGCGACCCCUGUCCCCAAGAGACUCAAGCCUAGUGCCCACGAGGGAUCGACAGAACCCGCCGGUCCACCACCAGCCCCGGCUCCCACAGAAAGGGUCCCUUUCCCGGAAAAGCCUGCAGCCCUCGAGGAACGCAAUGGCGAGAUCGAAUUCCGAGCUGUAAACAACGACGGCGCCCCAGAGAGCAUGAUUAUUCUGACAGGGCUCAUGUGCCUGUUCCAGAAACAGCUCCCAAAAAUGCCAAAGGAUUAUAUCGCACGGCUCGUUUACGACCGCACCCACCUGUCUCUCGCCAUCGUCAAAAUGCCGCUGGAAGUUAUUGGCGGGAUAGCCAUUCGCCCGUUCCGUGCCCGCAAAUUUGCCGAAAUCGUCUUUUGCGCCGUCUCGUCCGAUCAGCAAGUGAAGGGAUAUGGAGCGUACAUGAUGGCUCACUUGAAAGAUUACGUUCGAGCCACCUCACCCAUUAUGCACUUUUUAACGUAUGCAGACAACUACGCUACGGGAUACUUCCAAAAACAAGGCUUCACCAAGGACAUCACCUUGGACAAGUCUAUCUGGCAGGGCUAUAUCAAGGACUACGAAGGGGGCACCCUUAUGCAAUGCUCCAUGCUCCCCCGGAUCCGGUACCUCGAGGUCGGCCGGAUGCUUCACAAACAGAAGGAGACGGUGCUGGCCAAGAUUCGCCCUAUGAGCAGGAGCCACAUCGUUCAUCAGCCCCCUAAACUGUGGACACUCAACGGCACCGUCAGCCCGAUAGAUCCCCUGUCUAUCCCGGCCAUCCGGGCCACCGGCUGGUCUCCGUCCAUGGACGAACUAUCACGUCAACCUCGCCGCGGACCCCACUUCAACGACAUGCGACGUUUCCUGGCCGAGAUUCAGAACCACAAGCAGGCAUGGCCUUUCCUCAAGCCGGUCAACAAGGACGAGGUUCCCGACUAUUAUAACGUGAUUGCGCAGCCAAUGGACCUGUCGACCAUCGAGGAGAGACUGGACCAGAACGAGGUCUACCCAACCCCGAAGGAGCUUGUCGCAGACAUCAAGCUGGUCAUCGACAACUGUCGACAGUACAACGACUCGACUACCGUCUACCACAAGUGUGCGAACAAGCUGGAGAAGUACAUGUUGGGCCUCAUCAAGGAGGUCCCAGAAUGGCACGACUUGUUGGAGGAGUGA